AUGGAGAAUGAAAGCACAAAGAGCCACUCUAAUGAGUUGACAAGAACAUCGAGUGAUUCGACAAUUUCAGAAGCCGCAUGUCGGCGCAGGCUUCAAAAUCGCAUCAACCAACGGUCUAGCCGUGAGUGGCAGUCCUACGUUCACAGACGCCCUUGGACAAUAAUUGACCUUGAGAACACAGGUAGAAGAAAGGCAUUACAAGCUGCAAAGCAAGGAAGGGGACAAGGACGGCGCUGGAUCAUCUACACCGAUGAAGUCAACGCGUCCUCGGUGAACAAAGUUCCGGCUGUGGCAAAUUCAACACAGCUUGUGAAAUCACUCUCAAUCCACGACUAUAGCAGUAGUCUCCACAAUGGCCCAGUGCGAACGCAAUGCGCCCAAUACUAUGCGGAUCUUCACAAGAUGGUUGCUGAAGUAGCUGCCAAUAAGGUGCAAUCGCCUGAACUCCUCCUACCAGUGACCCAGUUCAACGUCAUGCGCGCGAUCUUUGAGAACGCUGCAAGUAUGGGCUUGACAUGGGAUAUUCUUAGUGAAGACAUUGCUUCAUUGUUCAACAUCGCUGGUCCAGUUACAUUGCACCUGCCACCAAGCCUGGAGCCGAGCGACACGCAGAAGAGCAUCGUUCAUCAUCCCUGGAUUGACCUAAUCCCAAUUCCGUCACUUCGCGACGCCCUUUUACUACAAGCAGAUAAAUACGACGAAGACCAAAUUUGUGGUGACUUUUACGGGAUAUGCAGUUCUUCUCCAGAGGUCGGAAUCAUAGUAUGGGGCGAAUCGUGGGAUCCCUCAGCAUACGAAGUUUCAGAACGAGUGUUCAAUAAGUGGAUUGAGCUUUUCAAAGGUUGCCCAGAGCUCAUAAGAUCUACGAAUUAUUGGCGGAGGAAAAGAGGAGAGAAGCCAUUGAGAUUACCGAAUCUAAUAGACUCCUGCGUUGAAAAUUUCACGGACUGA